ACCUGAGUUUAUAUUCAGUACCCGCGCUGGAAGGUUUGAAUGCACAGUCUUGACCUAGCAGAAUCAGUUUAGCUUAUCAGUCGUGGAUGUUUAUACAUAAAACAUAGUUGUCGGAAUGAGCGCUUGGAUCGGAGGAUAUCGCCGGACUCAAUAUGUUGACCCUAGUGUCUAAGGAAGCUCCCAAAAAUUACCAGUUCAAGAGCAGUGCCCUUCAGAUGAUAUACAAGGUCAAUGUGAGACUCGCUAAACAGGCUCACAUUUUUGAACGUUACGGUGUGGAGCACUAUCAGUCGGCUUGGGGUUUAUCGGUAAGCCCGGACUACCGAGGUCGAGGCAUUGCAACUGAACUCCUACGGGCACGAAUUCCUAUCUGCAAGGCGAUGGGACUUAAAAUCAGUGUAACAAACUUCUCCAAUUCUGGCUCGCAAAUUCCAGCCCAGAGGGUUGGGUUCGUUGACGAGAUUGUCGUUUCCUAUAAAGAGCUAGAGGAGCAAGGGUUUUACUUCCCUGGCGUGAGCUGUGAGUUCAACAGGUUUAUGUCAUUGAAGGUGGAGUAGUCAACGGUAACUACAAAAGCAGCCAUGUUAGUGUACUAGCAAAAUGUUCACGAAAAUACAGAGCCAUGUAAGACUGCAUUCCACUGGAAACUUUGUUAACUAUUAAUCCAACUGUAGCACACUGUUAGUGUUCUUUGACUAUACAAACAACAUUUCGUAAUCAACAUUAGAUUCGCAAUGGCGUUCAACGCAGUUACAUUCGCAAAUAUACAACUGCAAUAUA